UAUGCACUUCCAUUCAAUACGCGUGACGAAAACCAGCCCGAAGUUGCGUCAAUGACAGGUUCGAAUUUUUCUCAAAAGAAAGCUUUGUUGGCUUUAGUGUUGCUAGGUGAUGAGCAUAUAAUUUUAUUUUCAUUUAUUUUCAGUUCAAAUGGUGAAGCCGUCUAUCAGUCCUUGGCGCCGGAUACGAUCACCUCAUGGGUGGCCAGUGCUUUUGCUAUUAACGAGAACUCUGGACUUGGUGUGGCACCAUCAACGUCCAAAGUUUGUGCUUCUAUAGAUUUCGCAGUUCAGGUCUUGAAUUGCGCGUAUUCCGCCCAUUCUUCAUCCGAGGAGAGAAGUUCGCUUUACAACUUAUUAUCGUUACAGGUAACGGUUACUUUGAAACACGAUGAAGGAUCUGGUUUCGACUUCUUGAACAAAGACGGAAAAAGUUUCAGCCGUGAUUCUGGUGAGCGCAACUACAACACUCGAGUGGUGUCAGUACUGGGUGGCGGUGUGUCGAAGGCUGUUUACUUCCCCAUUGUUCCCACUGAAAUCGGCAUGGUGAAGCUCACCGUCACUGCGCAGGCAACUCAAGCGGGUGAUGGAAUCGAGGAGUCACUGAAAGUAGAGCCUGAAGGUUACCGUGUGGAUCGAAAUGCACCGGUUGUGAUUGAACUAAAGAACGAUUUCGAUUUCGAGAAAGUCGUUCCACUGCUCUGGCCAAAUGACGUUGUCAAAGGAUCACAGAAAGCGCACUUCGAACUAAUUGGCGAUAUCAUGGGGCCUGUGUUAUCAAAAAUCAAUGAAUUGGUACGAAUGCCAUAUGGAUGCGGAGAACAAAAUAUGCUACUCUUCGUGCCAAAUAUUGUUGUUCUGCGUUAUCUGAAAGCAACGAAUAGAGCCGAGCCGUCAAUUGAGGCCAAGGCUGUGAAGCACAUGGAAGCUGGUUAUCAACGUGAACUUAUAUACCGGCGGCUCGACAACUCGUUCUCAGCUUUCGGUGAAUCCGAUAAGUUUGGUUCUACAUGGUUAACAGCGUUCGUUGUACGAUCGUUCGCCCAAGCACGCUCCUAUAUCUUUGUUGAUCCUUCCGUACUUACGAAAAGCAUCGCCUUUCUGAAUGGACAACAGAUGGAGACUGGUGCUUUUGCCGAACGCGGUGAAGUUCAUCACAAAGACAUGCAAGGUGGUGCCAGUGAAGGAGGGAUUGGAUUGACAGCAUAUGUCGUGGUAGCGCUGCUCGAAAAUGGAAUCCGUAACGAUAACGGAAUUGCGUUCCUGGAGAAACAUCUCGAUGAUCUGAAGAAUGACUCCUAUGCAUUAGCGGUGACGGCGUAUGCGCUGCGAUUGGCAAACAGCGAGAAGAAAGCUGAAGCACUAGAAGCCUUGGAAAAGUUGCAGAUUUCCGACAAAGAUGGAACAAUCCACUGGUCAUCAGUGCAAGGUAAUGACAAAUCAAAGGACACUACUCAGUAUUUCUACCAGCCACGACCGGUUGAUGUGGAGACAACUGGCUAUGUGCUGCUAAGUUACAUGCUUGAUGGCGAUACAGUUCGGGGUCUGCCGCUUGUUCGCUGGUUGACUGCUCAGCGAAAUGCUUACGGUGGAUUCUCAUCUACUCAGGAUACCGUAAUAGCUCUACAGGCUCUCGGCAGUUACGCGGAGCACGCCUAUUCUCCUGACGCGAACGCUACCGUAACGAUCACAAACGGAGCGGACAACCAUGUCUUCAACGUAUCGCCAUCGAAUGCUAUUGUCCUACAGAGCUAUGAGUUGCCCAAUAUCGAUUCGAAUGUGGUUAUUAAGGCGUCGGGUAAGGGAACAGUGUUCGCUCAGGUUUCCUAUUCGUAUCAUCGAAACGCUCUUCGAGAUGACUCGCCAUUCUUUUGCUCGAAAGAUCUCAAAGAACUACGAGCCGGCAACCGAAUGCAGCUUGACUUGUGCUGCAAUUAUACGAGAAGUUCCGGCAAGUCAAAUAUGGCAGUGGCCGAAGUUGAUGCACUCACAGGAUUCAAGUUUGAUGAAGAAGAAAUGGGUAAACUAACUAGCAUUUCGGAUCUUCAACGUGUCGAACUCGAUCACGACGAUACAAAAAUGAAUUUAUACUUUAACCCGCUGGGUGCUUCGCCGGUCUGUUUAUCGUUGUUCUCGGAUUUGACGUAUUACGUAACUGAUCAGAAACCAGCACAAAUCGUGCUAUUCGACUACUAUAAUCCCGAAGAACAGCUAAAAGUGAACCACUACCAGGAUUGGCCACCGUCCUGGUAUCCAACUGGUCGCAUUUUGGCAGAUCUCCCUCUGAUCCACGAAGACUGCGACUGUCUGUGGUGGUGCCGACCUGGGGCAAACUUUAGUCAGGUUCACCUCGGGACUCCAGGAAGAUAG